CAAAACAGAAACAAACCCUCAUUACAGUAUGGGUUGCUCUCAUCAUCUUCUUCAUUCUUUAAUGAUCCCAAGGAUAAGAUCAUGAAUCACUCAGGCCACAGUGAAAUUAAAGGUCACGAUAUCCCCCCUCUUUUAUGGUGAAAACUGAACAGUGAUCCUCUCCGCUGUGAAAAUGGUAGAUUCCUAACCCUCAUAAACAAUAGCAGCCCAUCAGGUCUUUUUCCUAUAUAAUAUAAUAUAUAAAAUUGUUGCCCAACUUUCUUCAACCAGUCUAUAUCCUUUAAAAAUACUCUAGGAUAUGCUCUUAGUUUGAAAAUGGCAGCAACCCAAGAACAAGAUGAGUCAACUCUCGAACUCAUACGCCAACAUCUCUUAGGAGACUUCACCUUCACAGACAGCUUCAUCACCAAUCUCAACUACGAACAAAGCCCAGAAAUCUCCUACUUCCAACCCAUCAAAUCCGAGUACUCCAUAUCCGAGUCCGAGUCCACCUCCCCCGUUUCAAACUACCUCAACCCGAAACCCGAACCCAUGAGCUCCAAUAGCGAGCCCAAGAGAAAGUCGAGUUCUUCCAACUCCAGCUCACCGACUGGCGAGGCCGCCAGGCAUUACAGGGGAGUCCGGAGAAGGCCGUGGGGCAAGUUUGCGGCGGAGAUCCGUGACCCGGCCCGGAAGGGGAGCCGGGUCUGGCUGGGGACGUUUGACACUGAUGUGGAUGCUGCUAAGGCCUAUGAUUGUGCUGCAUUCAAGCUCAGGGGAAGGAAAGCUAUACUGAAUUUUCCGCUGGAGGCCGGAGAGUCCGACCCGCCAAGUAAUACGGGUCGGAAAAGGAGGAAGUCAGUGAAGCAAGAGGAGGAGGCGGCGCCGGCUCCGGAGGCGGAAGAGGUGGAGGUUCAAAGUUGGGUAGAUUGGGAUGGAGAAGAUGCCUGAAAGCUCGUCUGGUUUCUCAGGAUCAUCUACUGCUAAGAAUAUCAAUGGGUGUGGGUGUAUUGUUUUACUGAAUGAAUUACUACAAAUGUGAGAUGAGAUGAGAUGAGAAAUUAGAGUGAUAAUUAGACUAAUUAGAAAUAAGAAUGCUGCAAUGUGUAAUUAUUGUUAAUACAAUCUUUAGCUUUUUAAUUA